CACUUCCAAAUUUGAAUCCAUUCAUAUGUGUGAUUUGGCAAGAGACAUAUAUAUAAAUAGAGAGAGAGGAAUUUGAAGUUUAGAGAGAGAUGACUAUCGGAAUAUUGGAGGUGAAUCUAGUUGAUGCUCACGGUCUCAGCAGAACCGAUUUCCUAAACAAAAUAGAUCCAUAUGUGUUGAUCCAAUACAGGAGUCAAGAACACAAAACAAGUAUUGCCAAAGGGCAGGGAAGUAACCCGAAAUGGAACGAAAAAUUUAAAUUCAGGGUGGAAUAUCCGGGAGCUGACAAACAACCUAAGCUUGUUCUCAAGAUUAUGGACCAUGACACCUUCUCAUCCGAUGACUACAUCGGACAAACAACGAUAUACUUGAAAGAAGUAUUGGAACAAGGAGUUGCCAAUGGAAGCGCUGAACUACAUUCUCAAAAGUAUCGCGUUGUGGGUAGUACCCAAAACUAUUGUGGAGAUAUGCAAGUCGGGAUCACCUUCACCCCAAGGGUUGAAACUCAAACUUAUGCACAAGAAUUUGGAGGAUGGAAAGAGAGUCAGUGGUAAUACUUUAAUUUUUGUAUUUUGAAAUUGUAGAUGUUAAUUUUGUAGAUUGUAUGUGGUUGCUUAAUUUAGUGGUGAACAUGUUCAUAUAUUUAAUAGAGAUUUUAUAUACAACAUGUAUAUAUAUGAUGUAAUGAGGAUGUUGUAAUUGAUGUAUUUUUUCAAAAGAUUUAUCAUGACUAUAUAUAUAUUUUUACUUUGUA